CGGCACCUGCCCGUCCUCGCCGCCUCCAUCCUCCCUCCUCCUCCUCCACCUGCCCAAGUCACCGGGCGUUUGCAUUUGGGAAGAGGACGUCCGCGGGAAGGAAGGAACCCCCCUCCGGGCGAGAGGGCUGCGAGCGGGGGCGACGCGGGAGGCCCCCAGGGCCGGAGGGCAGGGGUGUUGGUGCCAGAAGAAGAGAAUGAUUGAUGGGACACAGACACCAGCUAGAGACACUCACCCUUUUGCUUCCGAUAUUGACACCUGAGUGCAUCCCAGAAGCCCUGGUGAGCCACGAACACCCAGGAUCUCCCAGGGUGAUUGGAUGCUCAGCUCGAGAGCCACCCCUUUGCUGAAUCACCACCCACAACCGGACAUCUUGGACAAAAACCAGCUGGACCCCCCAUUGAGUAGCUAUGUUGUAGGACAGCAACAAACCCACAGGCUGCUGUUAACGCCUGCCACGUCAGUAUGUUAGCUUUCCGCCAAAGUCCUCCAGAUCCCUGAGCGCGCCCCGUAUCUCAACCCUUCACGGUCAGUUUUGGCGUCAACGUUGACAUCUCAUCCUCUUUUUCUUUUUCUUUUUUUUUUUUUAAAUAUCCGGCCCUACCUACGUAUAGACAUCCAUGUGUGUAUAAAAUAGACACAGGCCACAGAUAAGCCAACCCUGUGCCAGUUCUCGCCAAGAUCGCCAAGAAUUUAGAGAUGUAUUGGUCAAGAUUCCUGUCCAUUCACGCCCUCUGGGUUACCGUGUCGUCGGUGAUGCAGCCCUACCCCCUGGUGUGGGGACAUUACGAUCUGUGCAAGACCCAGAUCUACACGGAAGAAGGCAAAGUGUGGGAUUACAUGGCCUGUCAGCCGGAAUCUACGGACAUGACCAAGUACCUGAAAGUGAAGCUGGACCCUCCUGACAUCACGUGCGGAGACCCUCCCGAGACGUUCUGCGCGAUGGGCAACCCCUACAUGUGCAACAAUGAGUGCGACGCCAGCACCCCGGAGCUGGCGCACCCCCCGGAGCUGAUGUUCGACUUCGAGGGGAGGCACCCGUCCACCUUCUGGCAGUCGGCCACCUGGAAGGACUACCCCAAGCCCCUGCAGGUGAACAUCACCCUGUCCUGGAGCAAGACCAUCGAGCUCACGGACAACAUCGUCAUCACCUUCGAGUCGGGGCGGCCGGACCAGAUGAUCCUGGAGAAGUCCCUGGACUACGGGCGCACCUGGCAGCCCUACCAGUACUACGCCACGGACUGCCUGGACGCCUUCCACAUGGACCCCAAGUCCGUGAAGGACCUGUCGCAGCACACGGUGCUGGAGAUCAUCUGCACCGAGGAGUACUCCACGGGCUACACCACCAACAGCAAGAUCAUCCACUUCGAGAUCAAGGACCGGUUCGCCUUCUUCGCCGGGCCCUGGCUGCGCAACAUGGCCUCCCUCUACGGCCAGCUGGACACCACCAAGAAGCUCCGGGACUUCUUCACGGUCACAGACCUGAGGAUCCGGCUGCUGCGGCCGGCCGUCGGGGAGAUCUUCGUGGACGAGCUGCACCUGACGCGCUACUUCUACGCCAUCUCGGACAUCAAGGUGCACGGCAGGUGCAAAUGUAACCUCCACGCCACCGUGUGCGUGUACGACAACAGCAAGCUGGCCUGUGAGUGUGAGCACAACACGACGGGGCCCGACUGCGGGAAGUGCAAGAAGAACUACCAGGGCCGGCCGUGGAGCCCGGGCUCCUACCUCCCCAUCCCCAAGGGCACGGCCAACACCUGUAUCCCCAGUAUUUCCAGUAUCGGUAAUUGUGAAUGCUUCGGCCACUCCAAUCGAUGCAGUUAUAUCGAUCUACUAAACACAGUCAUUUGCGUGAGCUGUAAGCACAACACUAGAGGGCAGCACUGUGAGCUAUGCAGGCUGGGCUACUUCCGCAAUGCUUCGGCACAGCUGGACGAUGAGAAUGUGUGCAUAGAGUGUUACUGUAACCCCUUGGGCUCCGUCCACAAGCGCUGUAAUGACUCGGGAUUCUGUGAGUGUAAGGCGGGAGCCACAGGGCCCAAGUGUGAUGAGUGUCUGCCGGGCAACUCCUGGCACGCCGGCUGCCGACCCAACGUGUGCGACAACGAGCUGCUGCACUGCCAGAACGGGGGCACCUGCCACAACCACGCGCGCUGCCAGUGCCCCGCCGCCUACACCGGCGUCCUGUGCGAGAAGCGGCGCUGCGAGGAGGCGGGCGGCUGCGGGGCGCGCUCGGGCCAGGGGGCGCCCCCGCGCGGCCGCGCGGCGCUACUGCUGCUGAUGCUGCUGGCGCUGCUGCCGCUGCUGCCGCCCCCCGCGACCCCGAUCCCGACCCCGACCCAGGCGCUGCUCGCCAUCUAGGCGGCCCCGCAGCACCACCGGCCGCGCCGAGGCCCGGGGAGCCCACGCCGCCGCCCACGCCCCCGCUCCGGACCCAGAAACACUCCGACCCCCGCGCCCCGCAGCGCCCGCCCCGGGAGGCCCGACUGAACGAAGCCAUAGUCCUCAGCCGUGGACAGCGCACCCACCCAUCCGAGGCGGCUCUGCUCUGCUCCUCCUGGCUCGGGAGCCGGUGCCAGCUGCAGGGCCCAGGGCCCGUGGGGAAGGCUGGGGCGGCCCCUCCGCACAGGACAGACAGAAGGAACAAACUAACGGACCUGGGAAGGUGGGUGCGCUCCCGUCUGCGCGCCGACAUCGCUGCACCUAGGGCGCAGGGCCCCAACACGCAGGAGCGACCUUGGCGGGCGGG